UUUACCAUGGAAGCAGAAGGAGAGUUUCUGGGAGAAAAGAAGUUCAAGCAGUGUUGUGCGGAUUUUAUUAAACAUUCCCAGAAAAUAGGUGAUGGAUGGGAAUGGAAGCACUUAAAGGACUGCUCUGAUGGCUACAUGUGCAAAAUACAUUUCAAAAUGAACGAUGGGACCACAGAGUCACAGCUAGAGACAACUUCCAAGGACCCUUCUACUCAAGUUGAGGAAGUCCUGGAAAUACCCCCAGAUGAUUCUCAAGUGGCUGGGAUUGCUGCAGCAUCAGAAGUGAUUCGCUAUGAAUAUCAUGUCGUAUACUCCUGCAGCUAUCAAGCACCCGUGCUUUACUUUAGGGCAAGCUUUUUAGAUGGAAAGCCUCUAACUCUGAAUGAAAUAUGGGAAAGAGUACAUGAAUGCUACAGGACACGUGUUUUGCAGGAACCUUGGAACACCAUCACACAACAGGAGCACCCAUUACUUGGACAACCAUUUUUCGUACUUCAUCCCUGCAGGACGAAUGAAUUCAUGGCUUCUAUAUUAGCUAACUCCCUAAAAGCCAACAAAAAUGUAAACUAUAUCACAUCCUGGCUGAGCGUGGUAGGGCCAGUCGUGGGGCUGAAUCUUCCUCUGUGUUAUGCAAAAGCAGCAUCCCAGCAGAAUGAAAAUACAGAUUGAACUAAUGAAGCAAAAGAAAUCUCCAAGCAAGAUACUUGAGAUGAAUUCCGAGCACCACUGCCAGCCGACAUCAAACUGAGAGCACCAAAGUUCUGACUGGAUGUGGAACCUGGUGGGUCUCACCUCAAAGUGACCUUGGCUCUGGAUGUUUCCAUUCCUCUUUGGAAGCAACGUGAUCAAUUGUAUUUGAAAAUGGAGGCAUCAUCAGAAAAUACCCCAACCGUCGGAUUUGCCAGGAAUUACAGUAAAACACGUAAAAUUGGUCAGGGCUGAUGCCAUCAUGGUCCUUCCUAAUAUUUUCCUCUUUCCUCCAUUCCUUCUGGCAAGAGGGCUUUUUCUACCAGAAAUGAAAUUGAAGACCCAUUUCCUCUUGCUUUUGUUUCCUGGUUUUUAAGGGGAGUGAAAAUUGGGACACACAGUUUGCUGACAUGCUGGGUAGAGAUCGAGGCAUAUCAUAAGUAUCAUUCUGCUGCCCCGAAUGUCCAGACUUAGGAGAGAAGGGGUUUGUUUCCUUCUUUAUUAUACCAAAGGUUUUUUUUCCACCAUUUCCUAUUUCUGAUGUUUCCAAAUAACAAACACUUGACCAUCAAAGUAGGCAUCUAGAGUAGAUAUCAAAAAACACAAAUGUUUCAUGUUGUUCCAAGGGAAAUGAUGCAUUACCACGGAAUCCAAUUCAGUAAUAGAUUCAGGCUGUUUAACAAGGCACUUACAGAAUUAUUAAACUCCAGAUUGCAAUAAUAAUAGAUUGUAAACUCUUCUAUAGACAGUCUUCCUCCUAAUGCAUAUUCUCAAGUGCUCAGUACUUUGCCCACUUUAGGUGUUCAAUAAAUGCUGUUGAUAAAGAUGAGAGAACCAAGAUUAUUUUGUCUCUCGUGUUGUAGUACUCAAAAUAGGAAGACAAUGAUUUUAUUUUCUGCUUCUUAGUUUUGCCAAAGUUAUCAUUAUAUUUUAAAUCAGUGCAUACAUAAUAAACUCUCACUGUGUGCAAAGUACUAUAGGAGGCACAGGUCCAGACUUCAGUCAGCUAGGCACAGCUGCCCUGCAAAAUCCUGUUGCCUAUUUAGAUUGCAAGGUCAGGCUGUAAGCAAGUUCCACAGCUAACGUGCUAGCAGUUUUGAAUUUAGCUGAAAUAUCUGGGGGUUGCAGCUGUCCUCAUUUAUUCACUUACCAGAAAUUUGCAGUUUAUUCUGGAGUUUCAGGUGCUCUGGAUUUGCACUAAGGAAGCUCUUUAAUUUGUGUUUAGGUAGGUUAGAAUGUACUUCAUUUCAUAUUUUGGGUGGGGGGUUGAAUGGAGGUUAAGGUUUGAUUGGAACUUGUGACCACUUUUUUAUGGACACUAGGGAUAAUCUACACAUCAAUCAAAUUACUAAACAUUUGAAGUAGUGCCCUAAGCAUUUACACCUGGGGAAACUAAGUAAUUAAACUGGAAGGGGAUUAGCAAGUAUUUUUAUAGCUUCUCUAGCAUAUCCUAUAUUCAGAACACUGCAGUUUCUCUUUAUAUGAGGAGUGAGGUAAGGAAAAUAGUAGAAAGAGUUAUCUCCAAUUCUCCAGCUUCUUGAAAAUCCAGAAGCGAAAUGGAAAUAUGCUGACCCAGGCAUUGAGAUUCAGAUAUGUGUGCUAGACAAUUGAGUACACUGUAUACUACUUACAUCUUUACUACUUGCUUAGGGUUUUUUUUUUUUUUUUACUGUGUGUAAUGAAAACCCAUAUGUUGUGCUGAGGCAACAUAUUUGUCAACCCAUGUAACUCCCAGGACCAAAAAAAUGUAAAAGGUACACUGUAGCUGGAGUUAUCUGACUAUGUCCAUGUUGAAAAUGUUAUCUUUUUCCAAAAGAUUCAUUG